CCAUGAAUCUUUGUUUUGACUCAGGAGCUUCUCCUGGAAGACCCCCAUAGGCAUUUGUCUUGGCAGCAGCACCUGGACGAGUGUCACCAGGGGUUCUUGCAUGGGGACAGCUCUUCCAGCCUCCAACACCUGCCCCCAUCUCCCCAUGACUGCAAGCCAGAGAAGUGAAGAGCCAGGGUUUUGAGACCUGGCAUUGAACUCGGACUUGAUACUUGUGGCAUUGAUGGUGUUUGGCGUAUUUCAGUGCAAUGUGAGGUACAUGGUGAGUAUUCUCAUGUGCUUCUUUUCCUUCCCAGCAGCCCACCCCAUGAAUGAUACAACGCAUCAUCCCUGUAUUAUAGAAAUCCAGUCUCCAGAGUAAUAUAGAAGGAAAAAAGUGGUGAGCUUUGCAGGCAGGGGCUGAGGCUGCAAAACGAGGAGGGCUGUGUUGGACUGGGGCAUUAGCAUUUUACUAAUAAAAUAUUGCUCAUUGGUGACAAGCUUACAGCAUUAGAAGAAAAGCUGCUCUGAGCUCUGCUGGGCUUACGCAGAUGGUGCCAAAAUAGCUAAUUUUGACUCCUAAAGUCUGCUCAGAACAAAGAAUUUUGGUUUCUUUAAACAAAUUAGCUAUGAAAGCUGCUAAACACCUUGGAGAGUGAGCAGUGAGAAAGCCAAGCCAUGAAAACACGUUAACAGCCAAGUUAAUAGCCAGCAGUUUCGAGCCCUGCCAGGAGGGAGAGGAUUUGGGGCUGGGCUUUGCUUCUGGUGCCCUCCAUUCCUUUAGAGUCCCUGGAGCUGUGGGGCAGAAAUGUCCCUGUCCCGCGUGAGCUGUCGCUGGAAUCUGGCUGGGCAGCCAGGCUGCUGUGAGCCUGCAGCUUCUGCAAGGCCUGCAGAUGCCGACCUGGGAAAGGAGAAAAUGUGUGCAGAUCAGUAUUGUCACCUCCUCUGCUCAGGCACCGUGCAUCACUCAGAGAGCAGCACCGCCUUCUCUCUAACAUAAGUUUUGUGUGUUCUUAUAAUGUCAGGGCAAAGUUGGAUGCUAAAAAUCCCUGUAAUAAAUCCAUCUGGUUCAUCUCAUGGAGGUGCCCCAUCAGGCAGGUUGGCACAGGGACAAGCCACAGUGGACUGAGCGUGGCCAAGGUGGUCUCCUGUUGCUGGAGGGGGGCCCAGGCUGUGCUCAGGGACCUUUGUCCCUGAACUCCAGCACUGGGACUGAGCCUGUAGGGGCUGACAUCGUGUCUCAAGCCUGGAUGUGUCCCUCUGACAUGUCAGGGUGGCCAUGCUAACAACAUGCUCACAGCUUAGAGGGCACAAAAAGGCCUUCAAAACAUUUUUGGCUCAUUUCUAGUUCCAUUUGUUUUCAGGUGAAGGCAAAGGGUUCAAGGCUGCAGCGAGUUUGGGGCUCACCUUGCAAAGGUGCUCUGUGCUUGAAGCAAAGCCCUCCCCAGGAUGGGGACCACUGUGUCCCUAGGCAUCCCUGGCCCUGGAGUUCCCUGCAAAGUGAACUAUGGCUGUAGAGCAGAUGGGGACACUGCGUCUUUCCCUCUCCACUCUGAGUCUGCCCAAAGGAGGACCAGACGGGUCCCACCAGCCUCAGUGAGAGGUUAAUGUGAGUUUAAAAGCAAGGAUGUGGGUUUUGAACAGUAAGAAAUCAGCAAAUUAACAAAACGAGGGAUAAUCCCUGCUGCUGGGUUUCCAGGCCCCAAUUCUGCACUGAUCCUGGGCAUGUGUAAAGACAGCAAGGUCCAUCUGCCCGCUGUUUUUGAAGGGAGAAGGCGAACCCAGCUUGAAACCAGGUGAAAUGGGAGCCGGGUCCCCGCCACCCUCCCUGGCUCUGACAGCCCUGCUGCAGGACAGGGCUUCAUCAGGCAAGCUGGGCUGGUGGGUGCCCUGCUGCAGCUUAAGAACAGCUUCUCUCUACAUUUUUCCUUUUUUUUAUGUUUUCCUGAAGAUUUCAGGAAGACUCGCACCAGGGAUACCCACAGGGGCGGUGAGGGAAGCAUGGCUGGAAGCAUCGCGUGUUUGGGGCUCCCACAGCGCCAUGCAUGGGAGACUUGUGCUUAACUAAAACUACAGCAAUGCAAACUCCCAUAAUUGGUUGGUAACAUCAAAUCUACAGGAGCAGAUGUGCUUAUAGGUGGUUGCAGUGUGUUUGCUGCUUCCCCAGCAGCUCCUUGAGGGCCCUUCAGGCGCGGAGCUGGCAGCACCACACAUCCAUCUCCAUCUGCCUUCAUGCGCUGCGUACAAGUUGGACAUUUCGAGCAGCAAAACCCACUUGGAUCCUGCAGUUAUUUUCACAUAGGGUCCACUUUUUGCAACUUGUGCUCUCCCAAGUGCGUGUUAUCGGGUAUACCCCGCAACCAUGAAAGCCACUCUGCUAAGUGGAAGCUGCAGCGUAGCAGGUGAUGGGCUCUGAGGGAUGAAAACCAGCUGUGGGUGAUUUCUGUACAGGUGGACCUGGUUUGCUGUAAGGACGGGAGGGCUUGGCAAGGUUAUAGAAGCCACUGGGGCUGCCCAGAAGGAAGGAGGCUUGCUUUCAACUUCCAAGAUAGUCUAUUGAGCAUUGGAGAUGUGAUACUGAAGGAUACUUGUGGAUGGUGCCUGUGGCACUCAGGAGACCUCCUUUCCUGUUUCCCUUCCUGGAAAGGCAACGUAUGACCUGAGACAGAGGAAUGUGGGUGCCACUUCUGCCUGCACAGAGGUCAGGUGUUUUACCUACCGGAUUGAGGCUUUCUCUGCACACAGCAGAGGAAAAACAUGGGGUGAAAGAGAGGCUGGUGAAACCUCUUCCCAGCCUGGCUCACACAUCACACACCCACUGCUCCAGCUGUCCCUGUGGCCAGCACCCUCCUGCCUGCACAUCAGCAAGGAGAGCUGUCUGCACUUGUUUCUACCCUGGGAUCCCAAAAUGAGGCCAGAUUUUGCAUCGGUUGAGGUUGCUGAGCUAAAAGGAUGACGCAGAGCCAUUGCCAUGGAGACAGAAAGCCAAGCCAGGGUAGGACCCCGUGGCCAGCAUGGGAUGCUGGGAUGGGACACUGGCGAGGGAUCCCAUUUCUGAGCAGUUGCUGCACCUCCAGUGAAUUGACCUGACACCUCCUCUUGCAAGUCUCUUGUCUGCCCAGAACAGAUACAUUGAAUCCUGCUUCCAUGUCAGCAAAAAGAGAAUUAUUGUCUCGGAUUAUAAAUUAAUUAAAUCAGAUUUGGAGUCUCCAGACAGCAUUGCUGCCCUGUAGCAAUAUGUUAAAUCAAUGAAACUCUCUAGCCCAUACUGGAAACUUUGAGUGGGAGAAGGAGCAAUGGGUCUUCCAGCCUUGAGACCUAUGCAAGCAAGCAGAUGGUUUGCCCUCCAGAAAAUACGACACAGAGAGACAGGAUGCAAGCCGGUGCAUGAAAAUCAUGCAGUAAUGACAGAAGUUGACACCACUUGGCUUGAGAAUGGAAGAGCCUGCCCACCUGUGUGCUUGGCCACCCCUGGCUUUCCAGGCAGCCCCACCAUUUGUCAGAGAUGUUUUUUUGGACAAGAUCCUGCACAGCUCUGUAUCUGGCUGAUGGGUUUCCUGCAACCCCGCUGCAUGGAUUGCAUGUCAUCCCCCUGCCCCUGUGCCCAGCACACCCUGCAAAACUGCGGUCAGACACAAGCAUGUGGGGAAGGAUGGCUGAGCUUCUCCUGGCUGGAGUAGGGCAGGGAGGUGCCCCAAACAGGGCAAGCACUCCAUGCUCGAUGCAGAGUCUGCUUGCUCUCGGCUAAUUACAUGGAGCCAGGGUGGGUCUGAUCCAACUUGGAAGCUCUUCUCACCUGAAAAGCCUUUGCUGUGGUGUUUUUUACAUGUUGCUAUAAUACCCAGCUCUGUCUUUUCAUCUUAUCCUCAGAAACCCGCUGUUUUCCCCAGCGUCACAAGAAGCUCUCUGCUAACAUCCUUGUAGUUAAUAAAAUCAAAGAGAUGCCACUUCCAUUAAGAAAGCAGCAACACACCAAGAGGAAAAUGAGCUGCCAACUGCAGCCUUGCUCGGCAAUGUCCUUCUCCCUGCUCUGCCUGUGAAACCCCAAGCACCCCAACAGACACCAAGACCUGCCAAGUCAAUGGGAAAACUUGAUGGAGCAAGACUUUUGCCCAAUGCAUCUCCCUUUUUAAAAUGGUAAUGUGAUGGCUGUCUGUCCUGAUAAGGCAGAGACAUGUCAGAAUGUCACUUCUGAGAUACCAAAGCAGAGCAGUGUCCAUGUGUUAGCUGGGCUGGAGUUCAGCUCAGGAUGUGUGAAUCGGCCACAUUUGCCCUCUGUUGACACAAUGUCCUGAUGCUUUGUGGGCGCUGUGACACUGCAGGAGGGUGAAAAAUAGGGGGCUGAGCACAUCUGUGAGAAAUGGCAACUUUGGGUUUGGUCAGCUGGGUCUAACGCUGUUGGUACCUUGGUAAUGCAAAUAUUUGCAAACACUGAUUUCUGCCUCGGACAAAAUAUCUCCCUAGCUGCAAGCUUUCCAGGGGACUUGGUGCCCUGAAAGGACAAAACCGAAUGAGGCCACGUGCAAGAUUUAGGUUGCUGGAGAAAAGAAGAUUUGGACAAACCUUCCAUGGAUCAAACUUCACACCUAACACUGUCUGAAGAACGCAAUGAUAAAAUCAUGGUAAACGAGGACUCUCUUCAAAGUCACUGUCACUAAAAGUGGCUCUACAGGCAGUUUCUGGAUCCUCCAUCUGCACUGCAGCAGGAGACCUCCUGUGUCAUGGCUGUGGCUCAGCCCAUUACAAAGAAAAUAGAAGAGAUGUAAAAUUCAGAAGCAAACAUCAAAAAAAUCUCAGAAUUCAGGGUCACAUCGUGCUGAGGUUUAUUUGCCCCUCACUACAGCCUGCAUCUUGUGAGGAGCUCCUGAAAGCAGUGCUUGCUGCACAGCUUGGCAAAGUCAGCCACAAGCACUGUGCCCCGCAGCAAUGACCAAACUGGAAAUCAGAUAGCAGGCAGCAUCCCACUUAAACAUGGCACACGUGGUCCACACUUCAGGCUACUUUCCAGUAUCUCCAGAAAGAGAUCUUUUAAUUGAAAGCCUUAAUGUUUCUCGUUAUAUUUAAAAUUAGAGCGGAACGGCAAUAAAAUUGGUCAUGGAAUAGAGACAAGUUUUAAGAGAGAGAAUGAAAUGUAUUUUUCAUUUUUACAUUGGAGCCCCCCCCUCAGAAACCCAUGCACAUAUAAUACGUCAGUGCAAGGAUUAAUAAUUAAAGGAACAACAACCGCAUGUCUCUGCGAUGCACACGAGAAAGCAACAAUUCAGGCUGGAGGCUGCACUCUCUGGGGACAUGCUGUUUUUGCUGGCAUUUCACCUCCGCGUGGUGCUCCUCCUUUAUAUAGAGAAGUGCUUUCCUGCAUCCUCUACCAAGGAACAUAUUGCCUAGUAAUUUGCAGCUGAUGGUUCACCUCAGCAUUAACCUGGGAAAUUGUAUCCAUGCUUGCCAUCAGGUUGAUUUUGGAAGUGUUCACACAGAUCAUAAGUGAUUUGGAUAGAUGUGCUUUGGGGUGAAACCUUCCUGCCACUAGCAGGAACCCACUCAGUCUGGUGGUGCUGCUCCAGCUCACCAGACAGCCCGAGGGUGGUGCAACUCAGAGCUGCGGCUACCCAAGACUUGUGGAAAAGCAGGCUCCAAAACUGCUUUCUCUUGCCUCCCUAGAGCCAGAUGGAUGUCAACAGGCUACUGCGACGAGACGGAGCCUCUCCGUUCCUCAGCGUGGCCCUGGGCCAAGCAGACGCCUGAGCGCACCACUCUGCAGAGCUGUCCUGCAGCGCCAUCCAGCACGCGCCCUCACCACGCUCAGGAGCACCUCACCGGGUGCUGAAGGCUCAGCCCCCAGGGCGUUGGUGUGCUUUGAAGCUCGAGUCCAUCUCCGACUUGAAUGCAGUUUCACCGACCAGGCCCCAGCCAUGAUUUCUCUCCUUCCACAUCUUUCCUUCCUCCAUGUUGGUAGUCUCCUUGUUCAUUAAAAAGAAAAAAACAACAAAAAAAAAACCUGCUAAUUAUCUCAGCAGCUUGGAACUGGGUUGCAGCAUGGAAUUAAAACCAGCUUUUCAUUUUGGCAUCCACAACCUUGUGUAAUUAAUAAGAAAAGAGAAAGCCAGAACAUGCAGGUCAGCCCUGAGUGUGAGGAGGAGAUUGAUUGGACACAGCCAGCACCAGCCAUGAUGCUCUGAAGCUGGCCUCGGUGACGGUGGGUUGCAUUUUGGGGCCAAACCAGGAAAAAAGAGGAGGAGAUAAGGUUCUUUCUUUCCUGGUUGUUCCUCUUUGUUUUUUCUCAUUUGAGCUUAAAGUCUGGACCAAGUCGAGCUCAAUGCAAACCCUGGUUCUUUGCCACUCAGUCUUCUGCACCUCUUUGCUGGGGAAGGAAUGGGAAAGCAAUCUGUCAAGGCGUGACCACAUGUUUUCACUGUGUGCCAUGCUGAGAAGAUCAGGAUGCUCCAAGAGAGUCGACUGUUGGAGACGGAUGCUUUGAUGGAGAUCUGGAAGACCCCUGAAGGAACCCAAUGGCUAGGAAGUUGAAGGUGGGAUCAGCACCACUUGCGCUCCUGAUGGUGGCAGAUCCUCUUCUGGCACCUUGGCACAAACAAGUGGUCACCACGUCCAAACGGGAAUGCUCCCGAUGGCCAUGCCAUGCUGGGGUGACGCAGCCCUUCCCUGUGGCCACCCAGCGUGGGAGGGCAGAGCCUUUGGGCACCAACACUGGCAUCCAGGAGAGGUGGUAGCACUAGGACAGAGGGGACAAGACCCUCCUCCCACCUUGCCAGAGCUGCCAGGAGCUCGUAGAAAGCAAACUUUCCUCCCUCCGUCUCACCAUGCUGCCAAUAGCAUCUCUGCUCGCGAGUGGCCGUGCCUGUUCUCCAAAGCAUUGAUUUACAAUUUGUUGCUGCUGUCACCGAGGAACUCCCGCCGCUGCUUACUACGGGCUUGCUGGAUUGCCAGGAUGGUCCCGAUGGCAGCUGAAUUGCUGCUGGAGCUGGCAGGCCGGAGCAGGAGAGCAUCGCUCCUGGGGAGCAACAACACCAAAUUGGGGUUCUAGCCCUUUAAAUCCGAUCCGGUACUGGAAAAAAAAAGAGCGAGCAGGCAAGCAGGAGAGAGCCUUCAGACUCUUUUAAUUAACGCUUGUACUCUAUUCUGUCUUCCCAAGUAGCGGUAGACACUCUCGCUUCUUCCGGACGACCUCGGGGCUCGCCAGCACCACGGCAUGGCUGGGGGCAGCCGCUCACCUGGGACCGGCGGCAGCAGAGUCGCACUGCUGGCUUCGCUCUCCCCAUGAUGAGCUCGCACACCUCCGCGAACCUGCCGCCGCAUCUGCCUGAUGGGGCUGAUCGAAGAGCGUGGAGAGGGGCAGCCCAAGCAUGAAGGUGGCCGAGGGGACGAGUCGCCCGGGGAGACAGAGGAGCCGCAGCAGAGGAGCAGGCAACCGGAGUUUCCCUCCUGGGAGAAGAUGCCAUUCCACCAUGUAACAGCUGGCUUGUUGUACAAAGGCAACUACCUGAACCGAUCGCUCUCCGCCGGCAGCGACAGUGAACAGCUAGCAAAUAUCUCUGUGGAGGAAUUGGACGAAAUCCGUGAAGCUUUCCGGGUGCUGGAUAGAGAUGGGAAUGGCUUUAUAUCCAAGCAGGAGCUGGGCAUGGCGAUGCGCUCGUUGGGAUAUAUGCCCAGUGAGGUGGAGCUGGCGAUUAUCAUGCAACGCCUCGACAUGGACGGGGAUGGCCAGGUUGAUUUUGAUGAAUUUAUGACCAUUCUGGGACCUAAACUGGUAUCAUCAGAAGGCAGAGAUGGCUUUCUGGGAAAUACAAUAGACAGCAUAUUCUGGCAGUUCGACAUGCAGAGGAUAACACUAGAAGAGCUGAAACACAUCCUCUACCACGCCUUCCGGGACCACUUAACGAUGAAGGACAUUGAGAACAUCAUUAUCAAUGAAGAGGAGAGUUUAAAUGAAAACUCUGGCAACUGUCAAACAGAGUUUGAAGUGCACGCCCAGAAGCAGAACAGACAGACCUGUGUACGGAAGAGCCUUAUCUGCGCAUUUGCCAUGGCCUUUAUUAUAAGCGUGAUGUUGAUUGCGGCCAACCAGAUCCUGCGGAGCGGCAUGGAGUAGCCUCUCGCCAUGACACUGUGAACCAAACUGACCAUGCAUGCGCAUGCCACCGGGUGAGCUUCCCCUGAACCGACUCUCACACGGCAAAGAGACAGAGGCAGGCAGAUAACGCACCAUUCGACAAGGAGCCUGGGGCCAGCAGCGUAACGUGUCUUGUGAAUCAACUACAUCCUUUUGGCAGGGACAUAAAAGGGCUGUCUUAAUGCUUUAAAGGUUUUGUUUCCUAAUGCAAUAAAAAAAAAUAUACAGGAGUCCUGAAUUAUUGCUUCAAAACAGCAAUGGUAACUUGGAAGACACUUUCAUCCAGCAGUCUGUUUUGCAGUUUCAAGGAGGCACAGCCUCGUGACUCAUUGCAGCAGGGCUGUCUUUUAACCUAGGGGCCAACUGACUAUUUUGCAUAGCUCUCCGCCGGGCCCACAUUCCCAGGAAGUUGAUCGUAGCAUUGCCACAAGCAAGUCUUGUUCAUUUUAUUUCAUGUACUUCAGCUUCACUUUGUUUUUCCCUUAUGACCAUGCCUUUGAGUUUACGGCAUUAGAGGGGAGCUAGAGCAUCCUUGUACAGUAUUUUCAAAGUAAAAAGAGGAGAAAUUGCCAGCGUCAUACAAAAUGUCUAUUUUUGCUUCAUAAUACCGCCUUUGACACCAGACUGUGGGGUAGCAUGAGUCUGUCUGACAUUUUUUCCCACCGCAAAUCAGGGUUUAAGAACCACCACCCGCUUUCACACAUGGGCAUUCCUGAGAUUUGUGCAGUCUUCCAGCCAACCCUGCAACCACCAGCACCAGCCUUCUCUUUGGUCCCACCUGCGUAUUCAACAACAUUUUCUUUUCAGAAGUCUUGCCCUCUCACUAUAUUGGUAUUCAACAACCUUAUCUGAGACCAAAACCAUAAGGAAAGCUCUUUCUCAGCUUUUCUUCCUACUACUCAUCUGCCCAAUUUGUAUUUAAUUUCAUUUGCCGUCGUUGUAAUCUGCAGUGAAUCCUCCAUGUCAGACACCUUCUCAUGAGAGACAUUACAUACUCACCUGUGUGGUGAUGUGGGAUUUGACCAGCCAGCUGCUCCAGACCCUCACUGGAGCCAUCCCACCACCGCUGCCACUGCUCCACCCAUCCCAUGGAUGGGCUCAAGAGAGGAUGAGCUGGAAAGCAGGCUGCAGCAAGAGAAGAAGGAAUCAAACUUGAGCAUACCGCCAUAUGUUAUGUAGUGUGUCAGACUUUCAGAUCCCGCAAGUGUUAGUUAUUUUUCCUGGAAGAGAUUUUAAUGUGCAUCAAAGAGAAGAUGGAGUGAUGCAAACAAGAGACACAACACAUCCCGCGGAAAGUGCAGGGACUGCACACUCCUGGAGCCAGGAUUACAUCGGAAAGUGUUUCUCCUUUUAAACAUGAUACAAAUCCUUGCACUUAGCUUCAGAUGAACUGUGCAUCUGUGUGUCACCCCUGGGAGAGAUCUGGUUUCCUUGACCUCAUGGGAGAUAUUUGUGGCCAGCACAUGCGGAGCCAGUGCGGGAAGCAUUCACGCAGGCGUCAGAGCUGCGGUGGCUUCAUGCUGCCAGCUGGGCAAGCUCCAGAAACACCAAGGAACAGUGAGAUCCUGCUCCUGGAACGUAGAUGACUGUUUCCUGUGUCAUGAGAGGGGGGCAGGAUGGCUCCCAGAGGGAUUGUGAACCAUGAGCUUCCCUUGUCCUACACAGCAGUCAUUGGCUUAAGCCUGGAUCCAUCUCAAAGACUUGUUUCAGGUCUUUUUUUUGUCUUUUUUUUUUUUUUUGGUUACAAGUUCAAUUGAUAAUAUUUAACCUGUGUUUCUUUUUCGUAGCCUAAUUUGAAAAUGUGUUUCUCAUUUUUCUGUCUCCCACUAGCCUUUUAAACUCAUGUCACUGCUUAGGAUUUCUCUUUAGGUGUGUGUUGUAGUUGCCCACUUCCACAUUGCCAUUUUCCUGGUGCCCCCCUCCAUAUCUGAAGAUGACAGCUGUCAUUUCCAAAGCAGCUGAGUUGUUUUUCUGCCUUCCACAAACACACACUUCUGUAUUUCUGUUCUGCUGUGACUAAUAGAGGUCAACCACAAAACAUUCCGCUAAAAUUUUUACAUCUCCUAGAAGAUAGAGGGAUUUGUGUUUCCUAUAGGGCAGGAGCAGACUUCAAACUAACAGCAGAAAAUCAUAGACAAGCUCAAGCAAAGGUUUCACUCUGCUGGGGAAAAUCAGGGGUGCUCCCAACACUCACUGUGCUGGAUAUUGCAGAUAAUGAGCUUGGAUAUCUUUUUGAGGGAACUGUCAUCCACAUUUUUAGGUCUCAGGGGCACAUGAAUUGGUGGGGGCAGCAGAAAAUAGUGUAAAUGUUGCUUGCCACUGAGUGGUACUUAUUAAGAUUUUUUUUUUUUCCUGGGAUGGUGCUGGAGUGGAUGUGGGAAGCAGAGCAGACGGAGAUGGAGCAUUGGUGGGCACUGACCCACCAACCCCGCUCAGCACAGCAGCUCCAUGGGGCAGAGCAUUGCCUCUUUGCUUAGCACAGAAAGACAAGUAAAACACACCAGGCUUUUCUCCAUGUUCUUCUCACUCAUCCAACAGCUAACACCAGGCAGACUCCAAUUAUAACAGCUACCUUACAGACAAGAUAAUCUUUUCCAUUCCUCCAAGCUUUCUAGAGGCUCCAUAAUUUCUACAUGCAUGUUCCAUAAAAUAAAAAAAACACUUUGUAAAUACAGUCAUUGUUCAGCACAAUUCUUCGUCUUGAAGGUCCAUUUGUAAAACCAAACCUAUAAUUAAUAUAUUGGUAAAAGCCAUAGCCUGGGGUCAGUAGAGUUCAUUGCAAAACUCCCCACUGAUUUUACUGGGUACGGGAUUUGGGGAUUUUUUGGUUUUGCUUUUUCUGUGGGGAACCCAAUUUAUCCAUUAUGAAUCAGUGCCAUGUCUUGCCAGAGGUCUCCUCUUCCUUCCUAGAGCAGCCUUUCUUCAUCUAAAGGCAUCUUGAAGAUAUCCCUUCUUUAAUCUGUCAGGCUCUUCUGGUAGUGAGUGGCAAUGCAGGAUGGAUCAGGCCAAGCUGUUUCAACCCUUCCACUCCCAGCAACCUCCAGCAACCUUUCUAGUUACACCUUCCCAUCCUUCCUGGCCAGCAGGACUGGACCUCUGUCUCCUCCCUCCCUCCCUCUCCCUGGCUCCAUUUAUGUAACAUCCAUUUAUCUUCUUUCCUUUUUUUUUUUUUUUUUUUUGUAUUCUUCUACAUAAGAGAUGGAAAAAGGGGCUUUUUUAUUGCUUUUACAGACAGUAGGUAAAAAUAGAGCAGUAAAAUUUCCAUUGGAACCUGAUGGCAAAGGUUUAGGGGGAAGAAAGUAGAAGAAUCAAAUAAAUAAAAAUAAAAAUAAAAACACAUCCCAUACUUAAAAAAAAUAAAAAAUAAAAAAAAAAACCACCACUAUUUAAGUGCUAAUUAACAUACUUUAAAAAAUACCCAGACUGCAGCAGGGCUAGGUAGAGCUGUCAGAAAAAGCACUAAACUUAUGCUCUUGCCAGUUACAUGAGAAUUUAAGUGUCUUUUCAGCACUGCAAUUCUGUAUGAAAAGGAUAUUGCUAUGGCAACCCUCGCUGUUCGUGACAUGUGUGCCACAAGUUGGAGCGACACACAGCAAUUGCAAACAUGCUCCCAGCCACACCAAGGCUGGACAAAUGACUCCCAGCAGCCCAGGACAGCCGUUGAGCUCAUGGAUUAGCAAAUUAUCAGCAAAUUCUGAGCACCCUGAAGAUGACUCUGUUGGCUUAGUCACAAAAUAUAAAAAUAAGGUGUGCAAUUAAACAGAUUGGCACAGAGGGAAAGAUUUAAGGUGGCCGUGAUUGUUUUAGCUUGAGAGAGGCUUUAGUUUGGUUUGGCUUGGGAGCAAGUAAAAUUAAGGCAGUGUACGUGCUGCUCAACACAGGCCGCCUUGGGCUUGUUGGGCACAUCCAUCAUGGAGGGACCAGUCCUGAUGGGAAAGAUUUGGCUUAUUGCUCUGGCACAGCGCAGGGCUGCUUUGCUGAGAACCAUUUGUGGCUUUAACUUUGAAGGCACAGCCUGAUUUUCAAGUACCACAAGGCAUUUGCACCUGGAGAAGCCAACGAGGGGGCAGCAAGCAUGUGACACUUCAGAGGCCACAGAGAAAUGAAUUCCAGCAAAAAGCUGCUCUGGGAGCAUGGAUUGCCUGUCAGAUCCGAAGCCAUACCAUCAGGUCAGCCACAAAGGCCUCAGCUGAGGCGUUACUGUGCAGGCCAAGAGCAGCGUGGUGCUGGACCUCAGGGGCAGGCACUUGCCCACAACAGGCUGCACCACCUCAGGGCCUCACUGGGGCCUGGCUCCACCACUGAGAAGGCUUUAAUAAUCAGGUGCAGUAUUGGCAGUGGUAUAGAGAACUAAAAACCACAAGCAGUGUGGGCAACUGGAAACACUCUUUUAGGGGGCGUUUGGUCCUCAUGCUGGUAGAGGUCAUAUAGAGAUGACAAAGGACAAAAAGUCUUGAAAAGAAAGAAGUAAUUAAUUUUUCAGUUUGAUGGGUACCUACAAAUGUGCUGGUAACUGUUAGAGGACACCCCAUUCUGGUGGAGGUACUCAUGGACCUCCCCAGGACAAGGGUCACCUGUGAGCAGGUAUAGGAGACCUGUCUACAUGCCCCCGCUCCCAGGUGAACUAGAGCUGGAUAUUGGGGUAUCACCUGCUGAGAGACUUCAUACAUGCUAUUUGGUGGUUACUGGGCACUCACUUUGGAUAUGAUGAACUGUUAGAGCUGGAUGUUACUUGCUUUACGUUAAAGAUUUACAUGAACUCGGGGGAAAAAAAAGAAAAAAAGUUAUAUAAGAUAUAUGCACUGUUUUAAGCUGAGGCCAGUCUUUCUCCCAUAAGUAAUAGAAUAGUGAGGAAGUAAAUCAAGAACAGGUAGGAAGCAUUCCUAAAGAUGCUACUUGAGAUGGAUGAAGUCUUUUUGACAGACUUGGAUGAGCAAAGUACCUACUGGCAAACACUUUAUUCCAUGGAAAGAACGCACUGCAUCUUUCUGCCUGCUCCAAAAGACCAAAGCAUCUCCUGGGACACCCAGAGGACCAUGCAAGGCUAUCCAAGGUCCAGUGCUGGCUCUGCUCGAGAUGACACAUUGCUUUGCGAGGUGCCCGGUACUUUUCAGCUUUUUUCCAUGAAAGACUCUCUUUCCCUGCACGUAGCGUGCACGUGCCCAGAGCAAGUCGCACUGCCAAGGGCUGUCAUUGCACAAAAGCAAGAGUUUCACAGUCCCGAGUCAGACUUAGAUCUGCAAAGAGAGAAGCAGUAGGAGGAAUACAUUAAGAUCACUAAGAAUGAAGUUCCCUAUUUUAUCCACCCGUGUAAUAAAUUAUUUAGUUUCUGCUUUAUGGAUGACUAUUUGAAAGAAGAAAAACCAACUCUUCUAAAAUGAGAAUCUGAUAAAGUAUCUUUUUUUUUUUUUUUUCUUGGCUCUGAAUCAUGCUUACAUUCCACAGAUGGAGAUGUACAGAACUUGCUGGUUUUCAAUCUAUUAUUUUACUGUACUGAGUUCUGACAGUGCAAUUAUAUUUCCCUGGUAUCACUUAAAACCUAUUACUUUCCCAGGAACUAAGGAAUUUAAUACAGAAAAACAAAAGGCUCAAAACAUUUUAAUCUCUCUGUGUUGUUGGUUAUUAUCAGAAACGAAUCUUGUUUUUCUCCAGUUCAAGUAGCAUGUUUUAGGCAGCUCUAUGAAGUGGAGUCUGAAGUUUUUCAGACUUUCGUUCCAGUGGCAAAUGUCUGAAAAAUGCCUCAGUUUGGCAUCUUCAGUAGAAAAGAAUUUCAGCCCCAAAAUGGAGGGGAAAAGGGAGAAAAAGGAAUUCCUCUGAAUCUAGUGAUCAGUUCUUGGCAAUUCGACCAUGAAAAUACUUUUUUUUUUUUAAUUUUUAUUAUCUUCUGUCAGGACAGAACAAAAUACUUUGUAGCCUUGAAGACUAUUACUAAAUGAAAUUUCCAUUUUCCAUCCAAUUAUUUUUCUACAGCUGUUCAUGGCCAAUAUUUGCCAGCAUCAUGAAUAAGCAUCUUCAAACCCACUCAUCGCUUUAGGCAAGUUCCAUAAUGCAACUUUCCUUUAUCAGCUUGCAUUGGCCAACAAGUAGACAUUUGACCAUCCCAUAUAAAGCUGUCGAGCUUGCUCUAGUAGCUACUCUUCCAGUCUUGCCAACACUCAGGCAUGUUGUCUCUCCUGUGAGCAGUCCCACCACACUCAAACCAUGCUGCCGAUGUGUUUGCAGCAUCAGGCCCCUGGGGUUGCCAUUUGACAGCAAUCUUCAAAAAAGUGCACAUAUUUUCAUAUUGCAGCUAUUCAAGAGUGGCAUGACAUUUCCCACCAUCUCUGUCAGAGGAGCCAAAGUUAUUUCAGCUUCAUGCAGCAGCUCGUGUUCUCUCAGAUUUUAAUUGGGGUGGCGGGAGGAAGAAAGCUGAAGUUCCUCUCGGACUCGAGUAAAUAAGAAGUAACUCAUUGGAGUUAAUUGGCUUAAGCUGGAAAAAAAAAAAAAAAAAAA